UUCAGGCUAUUUCAUGUCCUUCAUUAGUUUAGAUUUAUCCUUAAAAAUAAAUCGUUUCGUCCCUCCGAUCUUAUUCCUUUGCGCACCAGCAACUGAAGCACUGCUGCCGAUACUGGUAAAAUCUAUCGAUCGUUCCGAUUUUCAGCAUCCUGAGCGCAACACGUCCUCCCGCGCAUAAAACGAGGUGCGAUCCGCUGCUGAAAGGCCGAUAAAAGCCGGCCUGAGGUGCAGCGAAGGACAAGCGUCUCAUCGAGAGAGACGCACUCCGGACGCGGACGCCGCUCGGUCAGGAUAAAACACGCCUUUACUGUAGCCCAGCAUAGUAACAGUGAGUUACACAGGCUUACACCCGACACAGUCCAUGUGAUAAUAAUGGCAUAUUUGACAUGUUCACAAAUAUGCAUGAAGUAUUUGCUGUUUAUUUUCAAUUUUGUUUUCUGGCUUGCAGGGACGGUGCUGUUUGCAGUCGCGCUGUGGUUACGUUUCAACUCCAAAACCAAAAGUUUUUUUGAGGGAGAACUAUCUGCCUCUUUGUUUCUAACAGGGGUCCACAUCCUCAUUGUUGCUGGAGCUCUCACCAUGGCACUGGGCUUCCUGGGCUGCUGUGGUGCCGUUAGGGAGUCGCCAAGCACGCUCGGACUGUUCUUCUUCAUUUUGAUCAUUAUAUUUAUAUUGGAAGUUUCAUCUGGGAUAUGGGCAAUUGCCAACAGCGAGAAGGUUUUGCAAAAUGUAGAGCGAUUCUACAAUGAAACAUACUAUGAGCAUUUAAGUAAAAAAACAGGAAUUCUCACAAAAACAAUCAACCUAAUACACAACACGCUUCACUGCUGCGGACCCAAAAAACAUAGUCCCACAUGUCCCAAGAAGGAGGGCGCGUCACAGAAAGUCAAAAGAAGUUGCUAUCCAGCCAUCAGGAGCCUGUUCAAAGACAAACUUGAAAUCAUUGCUUUAGUUGGACUGUCUCUUGGGUUACUCACGAUCUUUGGUUUGGUCUCCAGCAUGGUGCUGAUUUACACCAUAAGAAGACACAGAAUGUGAUGCUGAUUGUGGUGACCCUGACAACGCCAAGCCUUGCUCUCAUUUUUUCAUGUAUACCUUAACCUUUCAGUUAUUAACUAAAUGAAAAUACACCCAUUCUUUAGUUACAAAAUUCUUCCUUAAACAUUCUGAUUGUGCGUAUCUGAAACGAGUGUAACAAGACAAAGAACUAACAAUACUUAGUAGGCGAAAUAUUAUCAAUUUGAUACAGUCAAAAGCAAUUAACGUUUAAUAUGAAAGGUAUUGAAGAUUUACGGUACUUGUUUUGAUCAUGUUUGGAACACAAACAUUUUUUGUGAUGCUUUUUUAUGCUAAAAAUAGGACUUUAAUUUUCAAAAGUGAGUUUCUGAAUUGUUAGCAAUAUUUUUUUUCAAAACACUUCACUUAACUGCAGGGAUGACAUUUUCUGAAAGAGUGACAAAAAAUCUAAUGGAAAAAUUUUCAAAAAAAAAAAUAGAUCCUGGUAGGAAUGUUUCACGGUUCCUUAGUUUUCAGCAAUUUCACAGUUUGUCUUAGUUGCUUGAAACUCAAGGUCCUUAACACUAAUUCCUCUGUUACCUACACACGUGUAUAAUAUUAAAAGCAAUACACCGGGGGUGUGUUUCCCAAAGGUUCCUGUUGGAGUCACAUUUAUGUUACACUUAUUACAGUAAGGGUGACGCCUCACGGGGGGGCUA